CUCUCCCUCUGUCACUAUUGUGUUUGCAAUCGUAAAUAAAGUCGCGCGUUGAAUAAUUCAAAAUGCCAAUUUUAGAUAAGCGUAAAGGGGAUGACAUUCUAGCAUUAGUUCCUGCCUCAAAGAGGACGAAAAAUGAAGUGGUCUUUAGUAGCAGAGAGAAAGCAGUCGUACAAAAUGGCCCACCCAGAACAUCAUCAUUGUUUGCACCAAUUAUGCUUCUGGAAGGACAUCAGGGAGAUAUAUUUUCCCUUGAAUUUCAUCCUGAGGGACAAUAUCUUGCUUCAACAGGAUUUGAUCGACAAAUAUUUAUCUGGAACGUUUAUGGGGAAUGUGAAAAUAUUUCUGUGAUGAGUGGACAUAGUGGAGCAAUUAUGGAAUUGCACUUUAGCCCUGAUGGCAAUCACUUGUAUACCGCUAGUACAGACAUGACAUUAGGUUUAUGGGACAUAGUUGCUGGAACUAGAAUCAAGAAGCUAAAAGGUCACACUUCGUUUGUUAAUUCUAUUUCUGGUGCAAGGAGAGGUCUCACUCAACUUUGUUCUGGCAGUGAUGAUAGUACAAUACGUGUAUGGGAUCCCAGAAAAAGGGGACAGUGUUAUACUUUGAAUAACACAUAUCAGGUUAUUGCUGUUACAUUCAAUGACACAGCAGAGCAAGUAAUAAGUGGUGGAAUAGACAAUGAUAUAAAAGUAUGGGAUCUAAGGAAAAAUGCUGUUCUUUAUAAACUGAAAGGACAUUCUGACACUAUCACUGGACUAAGUUUAAGUCCAGACGGAUCAUAUAUUCUUUCUAAUGCUAUGGAUAAUACAUUGAGGAUUUGGGAUGUAAGGCCAUUUGCUCCUUAUGAACGCUGUGUCAAAAUUCUCUCUGGGCAUCAACAUAACUUUGAAAAGAAUCUUCUGAGGUGUGCAUGGUCACCAGAUGGUAGCAAAGUAUCUGCUGGAUCAUCAGACAGAUUCCAUUAUAUUUGGGAUACUACAAGUCGUAGAAUAUUGUACAAACUACCUGGACAUAAUGGGUCUGUUAAUGACAUAGAUUUUCAUCCAAAGGAACCAAUAGUCUGCUCUGGAUCCAGUGACAAACAACUAUAUCUAGGAGAAAUUGAGACUUAACAAACUUUUUAAUUAUUCUCUUGGUAACUUUUAUAUUUAAGGACAUGUACAAAAAUAAAAUAGCAUU